UUCAGAAGAGGGAGGGGGCAGCUCCUCUUGAGUCAGUUUCAGGAGAAGGGAGGGGAGGAAGGCUUCGUCAGUUUCAGCAAAGGAGGGCCAACCUCUUGUCAAUUUCAGAGCCAGGGGAGUCGUGCGAAAGAAAGAAAGAAAAAGAAACCAACAACUUUGGUCUCUGAGCGGCUCGAGAAGAAGCCAGAGAGAGUUUUGUGGGCUAGGCUGAGCAAGGGGAAAUUGGGGGCGCGCUCCCUCGCCCUGUUUCCCCUCUCUUAGACGUCGACACGAGGCAGACCGAGAUCUUCCCAUCUCUUUUCCCUGGGAAACCACAGCCAGGAAGAGCAAAUCGGGGGUGUAGCGGGGGUCAUCAGAACUUUUUUUUUGGGAGGGGGGUAAGGGAAGGAAAGGCAAGAGAGAGCCGGAUCGCUUUUGCGUUUGUGGGUGCUGGUGAGCCAGGGUGGGUGGGGGGGUCAGCAGGCGCCCUGGAGCCCCCCACCUCCGCGAUGGACGCUGUGGCAGCCUUCGGCAUGGAUAAGCAAUUUGCCCCGAACCCGGUGCGGAUUUUGGACCCUCCGGACAACCCCCAGGCUCGGAAAAACUUCAGCGUCAGCCACCUCCUGGAUUUGGAGGAAGUUGCCGCCGGCAUGAAUGGGGCAGCCAAGGAAUCCGGCGCAGAGGCGAGGGAGAGCGGCAAGGGCGGGCCGGACCCCUCUGGGGGCAGCAGCGGGAGCGAAGGAGGAGGCGCCCUUCGGGAAGGGAUGUAGUUUAAAAGUACAUGAACACCUGCCAAAAUCAAGGAUUUCAUCAAUACAGUGAAAGAGGUACUGCUCUAACAUUUGUUUUCCUCUUUCCUCCCCGUUUGUAUUUCCUUUUGUGUUGUGCCUGUUAGAAUUUUAGCCUGAAGGCAGGAACGGUUUCAUCUUUCAACAUACAGGACAGUAUUUAGAAAAUGCUAGAGCUUUACAAAGUGUUGAAUGAUGCUAAUGACGUCCUUUGCUCCUCAGUUUGCAUUGCAACCAGCUUGGGCUUUAUCCAUUUAUUAUUUCCCCCUUAGUAUCUAAACACAACAUGCCAGCACAGCACAUCCCUUUCGCUCCGCCCUGAGCCACCUUCUCCAGAUUGCAUAUGCUGCUAAAAACACAAUUUCAGUUGCAGCUAUUCUGCAAUAAUUGCAACCAGAUCCGCUGUGAGAUGAAAAUAUCCUAUUAAACAUUAGAACACCUAACAGAAGGCUUAAUUUCCCAGUGGGCCUGGUUGUAAUUAUUAGAGAAUAGCUACAACUUGCACACAUUUCGAAAAAAAGAAAAGGAAACACCAC